CAUGCUGUCAGAGAAGCUGAAAAACCCGCCUCCUGGGCAAAGGUCUUCACAAGCAGUCAUUGCUGAAUUCCUGUGGUAUUCCAAACUAUUCACAAAGGUGCACAAUGGGACGGCUUGAUGGGAAAGUAAUACUGGUGUCUGGGGCGGCACAAGGGAUUGGACGAGCCAUGGUUCUUGCUUUUGCAAAAGAAGGAGCUGAGGUCAUUGCUACAGACGUUAAUGAAUCCAAACUUCGUGAGCUAGACGGCCAUCCAGGCAUUCGGAUUCGAAUGCUGGAUGUCACCAACAAAGGACAAAUUGAAAAUUUAGCCAAGGAAAUGAAAAGAAUUGAUGUUCUGUGUAAUAUUGCAGGAUUUGUACACCAUGGGACCAUUUUAGAUUGUGAUGAAAAGGAUUGGGAUUUCACAAUGAAUAUCAAUGUGCGCAGCAUGUAUCUGAUGAUUAAAGCAUUCCUGCCUAAGAUGCUUGAACAAAAAUCUGGCAACAUUAUCAACAUGUCUUCUGUGGCAUCCAGCAUUAAAGGGGUUCCCAACAGAUGUGUCUACAGCACCUCCAAGGCAGCAGUUAUUGGUCUCACCAAGUCAAUAGCUGCUGACUUCAUUGGAAAAGGAAUUAGAUGCAACUGUGUUUGUCCUGGCACCGUUGACACUCCUUCACUGCGGCAAAGAAUCCAAAACAGCCCUGAUCCGGAACAGGCACUUAAAGACUUCCUGGCCAGGCAAAAGACGGGUAGACUGGCUACAGCAGAAGAAAUAGCCCACCUCUUUGUAUAUCUAGCAUCUGAUGAAUCGGUAUACAUGACUGGCAGUGAAUGUGUUAUUGAUGGUGGCUGGUGCUUGUAACUUGGUGCCUGGAGACGCCAUUUGCAAAUGGAAAUGAAGUUCUCUGGAUCCGAGAAGUCAGAAGGAAGCUGUUUGAAUGUGGAGAAUCUGCACCGUGUCGCCCUUAAAAAAAUCAUAGAUCCCAGGGCCUUCUGUCAACUAUCUGAUAUAUACUACUCCAUCUCUGCCUGGAAACCUUUCUAACUUUGUAGAUUCACUGCACAUUUGUUGCAUCCGAUUUCUGUGUCUUCAUUCAAGCCUGUUCUUGUUUCAGAAACACUGUAUUUUCUAAGCAAUUAAUGCAAAAUAUCUUGUUUUUGAAGAACAAAAAGUGGUGAUGGAAUAAAAUCUUUCUCCUAUUCA